ACAACAUGACAGCACAAACACAAACAUUAAAAAAAGAAAUAAAAAAAAAAAACACAAAGUAUUUUUUGUGGUGUCAUGCUCUCUCGAGAUAGAGCAAUCAUAAGAAGCUGAGACAACAUAUCGUCGCCAAAACCAAAACCUUCAGAAUUUCAGCAUACCGAAAGUUAAAUUCAGAUGGACGUGCGAAAUUCAGAGCAUGGACGUGUAAUUGAAGUACAUGUAGAUGUUCCAGCUGCGGAGAAUAGCCUGGGUGGGAGUAGGAUUUGUGGAGGAGUAUCGUGUGGAUUUUCAGAUGCUCAGACCAGUUCUAAAGAUGCAAAGGAACGAGGGGCAUCCAUGAAGAAACUUGGGUGGGCAGUUGGGCUCUGUCUUGUCUUCAUGGCUGUUGAAAUUGCUGGAGGCAUAAAAGCCAAUAGUCUUGCAAUUUUGACCGAUGCAGCUCAUCUUUUAUCAGAUGUUGCAGCAUUUGCAAUCUCCUUGUUUUCAAUCUGGGCAUCCGGAUGGGAGGCAACUCCACGUCGGACUUAUGGAUAUUUUAGGAUUGAGAUACUUGGUGCUCUUAUUUCCAUCCAGAUGAUAUGGCUUCUUGCAGGUAUCCUUGUAUAUGAAGCUAUUGUUAGAAUUAUUCAUGAUACAGGUGAAGUUAAAGGCGCACUCAUGUUUGCUGUUGCUGCUGUUGGCUUACUGGUUAAUAUUGGCAUGGCAUUCUUGUUGGGUCACGACCAUGGUCACGGGCACGGUCAUGGUCACGGGCACGGUCAUGGGCACGGUCACGAGCAUGGUGAGCACAAUCAUGACCACAGUGAUGAUGGCCAUAGCCAUGAGGGUGAUGAUGGCCAUAGCCAUGAGGGUGAUGAUGGCCAUAGCCAUGAGGAUCAUGAUCAUAGCCAUGAGGAUCAUGAUCAUGCACAUAACCACAUGCUGAGUGGAGCCACUCAUCAUAAUCACCACCAUCAUGAAGGGAGCUCUGAAAACAAUGAUGAACAUCAUCAUACACACGGAGCAGAUCUUGCUGAGCCUCUGCUUAGUACUCACACAGAAGUUGACAAUAAAACAAAAGGAGGGAGUAAACAAAAGAAGCAGAGAAAUAUCAAUGUUCAGGGGGCCUAUCUUCAUGUAUUGGGAGACUCAAUUCAGAGUGUUGGGGUGAUGAUUGGUGGGGCAAUUAUAUGGUAUAAGCCAGAGUGGAAGAUUAUUGAUCUGAUAUGCACCCUCGCGUUUUCGAUAAUCGUUCUAGGCACAACAAUCGGUAUGAUACGGAAUAUUCUAGAGGUUCUAAUGGAAAGUACACCGAGGGAGAUUGAUGCAACUAGGCUUGAGAAGGGUCUCUGCGAGAUGGAUGAGGUGGUUGCCAUUCAUGAACUGCACAUUUGGGCAAUAACUGUAGGGAAGUUUCUGUUGGCUUGCCAUGUUAUGAUCAAGCCUGAUGCUGAUGCUGACAUGGUACUGGACAAGGUUAUAGAUUACAUUAGGAGAGAACACAAUAUCACUCAUGUGACCAUUCAGAUAGAGCGACCGUAAACCAUCAGACUGGGUACCUAUAUAUUCUCUAAACUUUACCAUCUUGAUUCUUGGUGGCUGGAGAGUGAGUUUGAAUGGAAUGGCUAGCAAGAAGGCAAAGGAGACGGUCUAGCACAGAAAAUGUUUUGAGUGGGAGGCAAUUUGUGAAGCUGAGGGCAGGACCAGCUUGUCUAUGAUUUCAAGCAUACCUAUCUCCAUUGCUGCUUUCAAAACCAAAGGCGGCAGCGGUGCGCUUGAAUGUUACAAGGCAUGCUGGAGAUGACAAUCAUCUUCAUUGGUAGAGGCUGCCAUUUUAUUUUUUAAUUUUCUUGGGAGUUUAUUUAGUCCAGGUUCAGCCUGGAGAAUACUAUGCAAAAAUAAGGUGUAGAUGAUUGCUGGAUAUUUCAAUUUCAUUGGAGUUUGUCUUUUACUAGAAAAUUUUCUUUUUUCCUCAA